AGAUAUUCAAAGUGAAAGAAAUUAAAGAUUUGAGCAAAAUAUAAAACUGUGUAAAAUAUGUAAAACAUAAACAACAACAACAACAACAACAACAGCAACCAACCACAGGCGCAAAGCUAAACGAUCAAAAACAAAGCAAAACAACAAACAACAAAAAAUAAGCAAAAGUGACUGUGAAUAAUGUUGAGAGCGCCCACACAGCACAUUGUGGAACUGGGUUUCGGUACAGCGACAGCAGCAGCAGCGGCCGCCACAAACGAAAAGCAACAACAGCGCAAAAGUUUACUGCAAAAGCUCAAGCAGCAGCAGCAAAAGCUACACAAGCCAUUGUCAGCGGCAGCGACGUCAGCGGAAGAGAAGACGGAGACAAAUCAAAAGAGAGCAGCGCGAGCAGCAGCUGAUUAUUAUUUUAAGCAGCAGCAGCAGCAGCAAAGCGAAAAGUGUUUGUUAUUGCUGGCAACAACAAUUACAACAACAGCGGAGCAGCAGCCGCAGAAGAAGAAGAAGGAGCACACUAGCUAUAGCUUUGCAGCUGCGCUGCGGCGCAACAAGAAGCCAAAAACAACAACAAGCACAACGGCAGCGGCAGCAGCAGCGACAGACGACGACAGCAGCAGCAAUCAAAGCUGUCGCAGCAUUAAUAGUAAUAACAAAAACAACAACAGUUUGUCUAAUAGUUGCAUUAACAACCAUAACAACAACACUCAUUAUAAAAACAGUAAAAACUGCAGCGGCAGCGGCAGCAACAGAAGCAGCAGCAGCAGCAACAACAACUACAUAAGUAAUUACAAUUUCAAAACAAGUGAGCAACAAGCGUGGAAAACAGUAACAGCAACAACAGCAGCAGCUGCACAACAACAGCUGCUCAUUAACAGCAGCAAUCGACGCAAAAGCAGCAACAAUAACAUACAUAGCAGCAGCAGCAACAACAACAGCAACAUGUCACCCACAUCGCAGGCACCAACACGAACAUCUCUGUUCGAUUCCUGUCAUCGCAAGAUCCGUCUUAUUGGCGGCGGUCCAGUUGCCUUCUUGGGCGGCUUGGUGGCCAAAGCGCGUCGCAAGGAGCGCGAUGGCGAUCAAAACUCAACAGAUACCAAAUUGUAUUUGGAGGAGAGCGUCCUGGAACGCAAACUACCUGAAGCUGAUCUCAAAGCCCUUGUCGAUCUUCCAGCUGGCUUGGACUACAAUGAAUGGCUAGCCUCACACACUCUGGCUCUCUUCGAGCACGUGAAUUUGGUCUACGGAACUAUUAGUGAAUUUUGUACACAAUCCGGUUGCGCAGACAUGACCGGACCGGGCAACAGAACGUACUUAUGGUUCGAUGAGAAGGGCAAGAAGACGCGGGUCGCGGCACCGCAAUACAUCGACUAUGUGAUGACCUUUACGCAGAAAACGGUCAGCGACGAAUCGAUAUUUCCAACCAAAUACGCGAACGAGUUUCCCGGCUCGUUCGAGUCAAUCGCCCGGAAGAUUUUACGCUUGCAAUUUCAUGUGAUAGCGCAUCUGUAUGCGGCGCAUUUCAGAGAAAUCGCGCUGCUCGGCUUGCACACCCAUUUAAACUUGACUUUCAUGCACCUCACGGCCCUGCAUCGCCGCUUCAAUCUGAUCGACGAGAAGGAGACGGACGUGCUGCGCGAUCUGGAGGUGGCGCUCCGUCUAACCGACGACAACAGCGUCUGCGGCCACGACUCGCUAGCCGAAUCCGGCUCAACCUCCGUCUCCGCAACCGCAACCGCUUCGGUCUCUGCCGCCAACUGUGAGCAGCAGCAGCAGCACCAGCAGCAGCACAGCAACAGCAACAGCAAUUCCUCCGGCGAGGCGCUGCAUGUCAAUUCACAAAGCAUCUGCGGCACAUCAGCUGCGUCGCCGGCGUCGUCUCUCAUUGAUGGCGAUGCUGCCGCGCCGCCCAUCUGCACGCAGCCGGAGGCGGGCGCGGCCGGCAAGCCGCCCGGCACCGGCGGCCUGUUGGGUGGCAUUUUGGGUGAUUUAACCAGCGGCGAAUUUGGUGAUACAACGCGCUACUGCACCUCGGCAGUUCCUCCUCAUGCUGCUGGCACAGAUGCUGCUGCCGCUGCCGGCGCCAACACGUUGCCACCGAAUGGGGCAACAAAUGGCGCAAUACAUUUAAAUUUUAGCAACAAUAACAGCAACAAUCACAAUUUGAAUCACUUGAACCAUCAUCACCAUCAUCACACCCAUCACCAUCACCAUCAUCAUCCGCACACCCAUCUGCACCACCUGCGUUGGGGCGUC